AUGUCUUCUAACCAGACGUUGAGCGGGACGUCAGAAACCGGUAGAGAUAAGGCUACAUGGGACCACUCCGAAUUCAACAACAACGAAAGCUCGCUGGGGAAUCUGCCACGUCCACAAUAUCAGUCUCAAGGCACUGGGAUUUCCCGGCCAAAUAUAGUCAGAAGAAAGACCAAACGGGUAAUAGGGGUGGUGCAGCCUGACGGAAGAAGAGAAUUACAAGAGGAAGAAUGCCACGAUAAGCUUGGUUUCAGCUAUCCGUGGGCCAAAAAAUGGUACAUUUUGACGGUUGUAUUCUUGGUGCAGUUGUCGAUGAACUUCAACUCCAGUGUGUAUAGUUCUUCGGUCCACCAGAUUACUGCAAAAUAUGCUGUGAGCGAGGCCGCAGCCAGAUGCGGACAAAUGAUAUUCUUGGUGUCCUAUGCGUUUGGGUGUGAGCUAUGGGCUCCUUGGUCCGAGGAGUAUGGUAGAUGGCCCAUCAUGCAAUUGUCGUUGUUUUUCGUGAACAUUUGGCAGAUACCAGCAGCAUUGUCUCCAAAUCUUGGGGGUUUAUUGGUUGCAAGAUUUUUGGGUGGUUUGUCGUCUGCCGGAGGGUCUGUGACAUUGGGGAUGUGUGCUGAUAUGUGGGAAUCCAGUGACCAAGGGUUUGCGGUGGCAUACGUGGUGUUAUCUUCGGUUGGGGGUUCUUCGCUCGGGCCCAUUUUUGGCGGUAUCAUUGCCGAUAAGUUGGACUUACAGUGGAACUUCUGGAUCCAGAUGAUCUUUGGAGUGGUAGUUCAGGUUCUUCACUUAUUGACGGUUCCCGAAACCAGGUCCAGUAUUUUGAUAGAUAAAGAAGCAGCUAGAAGAAGAAAAGAAGGUGAAGAUGACAACAUCUACGGCCCUGGAACCUUCAGAAAGGGUCUUUCGUUCAACGAAGUGUUCACUAUCUGGAAGAGACCUUUUGAGAUGUUUUUGACUGAACCAAUUGUGUUGUUUUUGUCAUUGUUGUCAGGUUUCUCGGAUGCCUUGAUCUUCAUCUGUAUGGAAUCGGUGCCCUUGGUGUUUGUCCAAUGGGGAUUUUCAAGCAUUGCCCAAGGGUUGAUUUUCUGUGCCAUCAUCAUCGGAUAUUUCAUUGCGUACUUUUUGCAUCUUCCUGAUAUCGCCAGGCAGUUGAAGAUCUUGAAGACAGACGGUGAGGCUGCCAGAUUGGCGGAAAGACGACUUUUAUUACUUUUGUUUUUGGCUCCGUUGGAACCUAUUGGAUUGUUUGGGUUUGCGUGGACUUCGUUCGGUCCAAGCCAUUCACCUUGGAUUGCACCCGUGAUUUUUUUGACACUAAUUGCCAUUGCAAACUUCUCCAUUUACAUGUCCACCAUCGACUAUAUGGUAGCAGCCUAUGGGCCCUAUUCGGCCUCUGCCACUGGUGGUAACGGGUUUUCAAGAGACCUUUUGGCAGGAAUUGCAGCCAUGUACGCGGGACCCAUGUAUAAGAAAAUGAGUCCUAGCCACCCAUACCAAUGGGCCAGUACAUUUUUAGGGUUGGUGGCCAUAGUGGUGGCCAUCCCCAUUUAUGUUUUUUACUGGAAAGGUCCCGAAAUUAGACGGAGAUCCAAGUUUGCCCAGACCUUGGCUGCUGAUAAGCAGUUGAGAAGGGAAAAGUCGUUACGGAACUUCAGCGAAGACGAAGAAGAGAUCGAGUUUGAUGACUUGAGUCCAACCCCUGAGUCUUCUCAACCUGCUCACUUGGCAUAGAAUUGUAAAUAGAUGUUAAAUAGAUAUGAAUGGAUUUAGUUGACGGUAAGCUUUCUGAUAAUGUCUUGGUGCUGGGGAUACUGGCUUACCAACUCGUCAUACUUAAACAACUCAAACUCUUCAAACACGAACCCUGGGGCAACCAUACACCCAACCAACGCAAACCCGGUGUCGACGCUGGAACCAAAGAUAACACCCUUUGGCACUGCAAACUGAAGAACUUCCCCAUUCUCUACGUCUUUGCCCAACCUCACCGCUUUGUACUCUCCGUCCGGAUAAAUGCAAUGAAUUGUCAAUGACUGACCUUCGUGGAAGUACCAGAGUUCAUCAGAUGCAAUUCGGUGAAAAUUCGAUGGAUUAGUGUCUUCUAAGAUAAAAUAGAUGCUGGUACACAAAGCCACAUCAUUACCUUUGUUGGACUUGACGAUAUCGGAUGAUCGAUAACUCUCCAUAUAAUACCCCCCUUCCGGGUGUUUUUGCAUGUUUAAGGCCUUGGCCCACUCUGCUGCUGUUUUCACUGUCAUGAAGAUAAUAAUUGAUGUGCAGAAGCGGCUGGGUGCGUGGAAGACAAAGGUGGAUAUGUGGUACACACGACCAUAUUUGAUUUGGACCAGGAAAGUCCUCCAUGUACUGGUAUUAGUGGUAUACAUUGUGCCUGCUCCAUGCAGCGGUCAGACCAAUCACGAGGUACUAUUUCACCACCCUCAUUAACGUGUGGUGAAGACAU